AUGACGAUCACCUCCCUGGAGCCGCGGCCCCUGCGCCGGGUGUUCGUGGUGGGCGUUGGGAUGACCAAGUUUAUGAAGCCUGGACUUGAGAACUCAAGAGACUACCCUGACUUGGCCAAAGAAGCAGGUCAGAAGGCUUUAGCUGAUGCACAGAUUCCUUACUCAGCGGUGGAACAGGCAUGUAUUGGCUACGUUUAUGGCGACUCUACCUCUGGGCAGAGGGCUAUCUAUCACAGUUUGGGGCUGACUGGAAUUCCUAUAAUCAAUGUUAACAAUAACUGUUCUACUGGCUCUACUGCUUUGUUUAUGGCCCGGCAGCUGAUUCAGGGUGGUGUGGCAGAUUGUGUCUUGGCUCUUGGCUUUGAGAAGAUGGAGAAGGGGUCUCUUUCAGUAGGGUCUCCAAACAGGACUAAUCCAAUUGAUAAACAUGUGGAGGUCCUGGUAAAUAAGUAUGAAUUGUCUGCUGCACCAUUUGCUCCUCAGAUGUUUGGGGGUGCUGGAAAAGAGCACAUGGAAAAAUAUGGAACUAAAGUUGAACACUUUGCAAAAAUUGGAUGGAAAAAUCAUAAACACUCAGUUAAUAACCCGUAUUCCCAGUUCCAAAAGGAAUACAGUUUAGAUGAAGUGAUGACUUCUCGAAAAGUUUUUGAUUUUCUGACUGUCUUACAGUGUUGUCCCACUUCCGAUGGUGCUGCAGCAGCAAUUUUGGCAAGUGAAGAAUUUGUACAGAAGUAUGGCCUUCAGUCCAAAGCUGUGGAGAUUCUGGCACAGGAGAUGAUGACUGAUUUGCCAAGCUCAUUUGAAGAAAAUAGCGUUAUUAAAAUGGUUGGCUUUGAUAUGAGUAAAGAAGCUGCCAGAAAGUGCUAUGAGAAAUCUGGCCUGAGACCAAGUGAUAUUGAUGUAAUAGAACUUCAUGAUUGCUUUUCUACUAACGAACUCAUUACUUAUGAAGCAUUGGGACUCUGUCCAGAAGGACAAGGUGGAAAACUGGUUGAUAGAGGAGAUAAUACUUAUGGAGGAAAGUGGGUCAUAAAUCCUAGUGGUGGAUUGAUUUCAAAGGGACACCCGCUAGGAGCUACAGGUCUGGCUCAGUGCGCGGAGCUCUGCUGGCAGCUGCGCGGGGAAGCCGGGAAGAGACAAGUUCCUGGUGCAAAGGUUGCUCUGCAGCACAAUUUAGGCUUAGGAGGAGCUGCCGUGGUCACGAUCUACAAGAUGGGUUUCCCCGAAGCUGCCAGAACUCGUCAGAUUGAAGCUGCUCCAACCAGCGCUGCAGUUGAGGGAUUUAAAGCAAAUCUUGUCUUUAAGGAGAUUGAGAAGAAGCUUGAAGAGGAAGGGGAACAGUUUGUGAAGAAAAUCGGUGGUAUUUUUGCCUUCAAGGUGAAGGAUGGCCCUGGGGGUAAAGAAGCCACCUGGGUGGUGGACGUGAAGAAUGGCAAAGGAUGCGUGCUUCCUAACUCAGAUAAGAAGGCUGACUGCACGAUCACAAUGGCUGACUCGGACUUGCUGGCUUUAAUGACGGGUAAAAUGAAUCCUCAGUCGGCCUUCUUUCAAGGCAAAUUGAAAAUCGCUGGCAACAUGGGUCUGGCUAUGAAGUUACAGAAUCUUCAGCUCCAGCCGGGCAAAGCUAAGCUGUGA